AUGGAGGAACAUCAAGAGGAAUACGAUGACUGGAGAAUGGAAGAGUUGAGGGAAAAGUAUCCAAACUAUGAAGAAAUGGAUACAGAAACUUUAGAUAAUGAAUUACCGUACCUUGACAAGGAUCUUAGGGAAAGUGAAACUACUGAGGAGACCCAGGAUAUUAACGAGGAAAUCAAUUACAUACUCGAACUGAGGAGGAGGAGAGAAGUACCGAGUGAAGACCCAUCGAGAGAGCAAUUAGAUGAGAAAUUCCCUGACCUAUCUAAUCUGUCAUACGAUGAUCUAAUGGAUAGGGGAGACAGACUGUUAAAUGAACUAAUACUAUCCGAUUUGGAUGAAAACAGUUUCAAAGAAAAGUCGGAAGAACUGAGAUACGUCAGAAUGCUAUCAAAUGAUUACCAAAGAGAGUCAAACUUAAAUAAACUUCUCAACUUAAGGGAUAAGGUGAAAAAGAGGGAUCUCAUUAAACGGGAUGAUCGUAGGAGACUGCAGAGGCUCAGGUUAUGGGCAAGGGAGAAUGCAGGCAUCUUAUCAUCUGUUCUAAUUUCCUCAUCAGCUAUAAUCAUAGGACUGGUAGCAUCAACUAGAAAUAUAUUGUGGAAAGUAGGUGACACAACAGGAAAACUCGAUAAGCGGAUCAGUGAGUUGGUAAACAAUCAAAUAGAACUACCACCUGUAUUCCAGAAGAUAGCCGAUGGAGUAGAGUUAGCAGCGGAUAAUAUAUGGAUAAUCAUUGUAUGUGCAGCAGCAGUUUUAUUAUACACAUAUAGCUAAACAUUACAUAUUGUAUACAAGUAUGAAUACCACAGAAAGAGAACUAAAGCCUGGCUUUAGGAGGAGCCACAUGACAUCCAUAAAAGGACCUAGGACCCUAAACGUUGUAACUUUCAAUCCUACAACUAUUAGCCCAGGUGAACUAAACUAAAGCCUAACUCCUGUUUAGUUCCAGGAUCACUUGCACUAUUAUUUGACUUCAAAAAUUCCAAUACAAAAAGCCACUUUAAUAAUAACCUGUCUAAGUUGAUAGCUAAACGUCUUCAGAUUAAAGUAGCUGGUGAAACAGCUUAUGACUGUUCGGGAGAGAGCUCAUAUGAAAUAUACAAAGACUUAUGGCUAACACUAGGUAAUAGAAAUAAGAUGACCGAACAGUGUCUUGCAAGUGAGAAUCUCAGGAAGUUAAUCUCAGGUGAUGACUCAGGCACUAAGGUUGGCGAUGCCAAUAAAGUAGCAGAUGGACUUAUCCACAGUGUGUACGGUUCUAAGUUGAGAAAACCAAUUGAUAAAAUAAUUGCAGACCAUGGUCUAUACACUCCAUUUUACAUGAACAACAAUCCUAUGUACAUCCUCACACUCCCGCAAUCAGAUGAGAUUAUGACUGCCCAAGGAGGUGAAGCUAAGGGUAAUUAUAAACUGGAUAAUCUUGAGUUAGAAUAUGAGACCAUUGAGAAUGACACCCUUGCGAGUGAAGUAUCAAGGAUGUAUUCAACAGGUCGCUCACUAUCCUACAAACACGUCACACUAAUGCGCACGAGUAAUUGGGACAAGGAUCUUACCAUUGUCAAUGAAAACAUUAAUAUACCCAGAAAGAGCAUGUCAGCAAUUGUCCUUCUAUUUACCAAUAGGGUGAGGACGGACAGUGAAGAGUAUAUUUACCCAAACAUUGAUAAGGUGAACCUAACUAUUGAAGGUGUGCCUAAUGCAGUCUUCUCCCAAGGACUUCCUAAAAAUAGGUUCUUCGAAGAGGCAAAACGAUUCUUUUGUCCUAUGUGUGAGAAAUCCAUGGCAGACGAAUUUAUGUCCAUCAGCAAGUUCUUCAGCAAUGGAUUCGCUUUAGUAAUUGAUCUUAGGUCAACACAGGAUGAUACCACUGGUGGAGGAAGGAGAAUUGUUAACACACAGUCAGGUGUACUCAUGGAAAUCAAAAAGAGAGCCACAACAGCUGACGUUCAAUGCAAUAUUUUUAUUGUAUCAGAUGCCCUCCUUAACUUUGCUAAUAGAGAUUUAUCAAGUAUCCAAUACUAG